GCACGUCCGCCCGUUGCCCACCGCCGAUUCCGCGAUUCGGUUCGGUGCCCGCCGCAGUGGAGCCGAGCGCGUUCGCGAUCGAGAGAUAGGGAGAGUGGCAGCGCCAGGGGCAAGUGGGAAGGGAGAGGAAAACCCCCCGGGGCCCGGCCGAGCGAGACUCGCGUCGCGCCUCCGCCUUCGCGGAUUCUGUUUCGCUCGCCACCUGCACGGAGCGGGGAGCACCAGCCGGCCCCCGGAGAGGGAGAGGGAGGGAACCAGAACCCUAGGUUGGAGCGCGGCGGUGAUGGCGAGCAGGGGCGGCGGGGUGGCGUCGUCGGCGGGGGACCCGAGCAGCCCGAGCGCGAGGGGGUGGGGGGAGGCCGACGAGUCGGGGUCGGGUGGGGUGGGGAAGGUGAAGCUGAUGUGCAGCUUCGGUGGCCGGAUCGCGCCGCGGCCAGGGGAUGGGGCGCUGCGGUACGUGGGGGGCCAGACGCGGCUCAUCUCCGUCCCGCGUGCCGCCUCCUUCGGGGAGCUCCUGCGGAAGGUCGAGGCGGUGGACGAGGCGGCGUCCCCCGGCGGCGCCGGCGGCGGGGUGCUCCUCCGGUACCAGCUCCCCGGGGAGGACCUCGACGCGCUCAUCUCCGUCUCCGGGCCCGAGGACUACGACAACAUGAUGGAGGAGUACGAGAAGCUGGCCGCCGCCGCGCCCGACGGCUCCGCCAAGCUCCGGGUCUUCCUCUUCCCGGCCUCAGGGACCGGGAGCGACGCCGCGGGCGGCGGCGGCUCCGGCUCCGGGUCCCACCACCUCGCCUCCGCCGCCGCCGCCGCGCCCGUCGACGAGUCCGGGCAGCGCUACAUCGACGCCAUCAACUGCGUCUCCGCGGAGGCCGUCGCCGCCGCCAUGCGCCGCAAGGACAGCGUCGCCAGCGCCGGCUCGUCCGCGCACAACUCCGAGGCCUCAGAGUACAGCGGCCUUGUCGAAGGUAUGUCGCCGCACGCGGGACCGCCGCCUCCUUCCGUUGCGACUGAGUACACGUAUUCAGGUGGAGCCCAUUACCAUGGUGGUUUCCCGGAUUCGGUGGGGUUCACCAGUGCCGUCACCAUGUCGGCUCCGGCCAUGGGCAUCCCAGCGCAAAAUCCUAUCCUAGUUAGGACGGAGCCAUCAACGAUGCAGCCUCAUCAUGUUGCUGCUGCUGCUUAUGCGACAUCGCAGCAGCCACCUCAAGUCACCAGCUAUGUGCAGCAGCAGCAGCCGCCUCAAGUCGCCCAAUAUGUGCCGCACCAGCAGCCUCAGUCUGCUUCGUAUCAGCAGCAGAUGCCGCAGUCGUAUAUAGAACCGCAGCAAGUCCACUACAUCAAUGCGCAACAAUUUGGUGUUCAUGGUGUGCCGCAAUCUGUCAAUUUUGUGCCUGUGCAGAUGAGCCAGUUCAUGCCUAGCAUUCCAGUGACGAGUUCUAUGGCGACCGCUGCUGCUCAACAAGUCGGUACGUUCAGGCCUGUUUCUGCUGGUGUAGAACCUGUUCAGGAGAACAUGCAGUUCACAAGGACAGUGCAAGCUCCAGUUGAUCAGAGUUACCGGGUGCUGCAGACGCCACUGUCGCAGCUUCCUCCUUUGCCUUCUGUGCAUUUGCAGACAAGUGAUACGCAGAGAUACGGUGUUCAACCGGCGAUGACAAGCGCAAUAAGCACACCGGUGGUGACAAGCUCAGGGACGAUUCCUGUGGUGCUUAGCUCGGCCACUGUUCCAUCAGUGAGGUAUGAUGAUUGCACAAUGUGCCAGAAAUCUUUGCCGCACGCCCAUUCGGAUAACAUUAUCCAGGAGCGGGGAAAUCCUCGUGCACUGAGCAACCCUGAGGCAGCUCCGGUAUUUUACAGCCUGCAUCAAGAUAGUGGGUCCAACAAAUCCAGUCCAGAUGCGAACUCAGGAACUCCUGCUAAUUAUAUGGUAGAACCGAGAGCUGGGAACGCAGUAGGGAUGAGUCAAUUUGAGUCCGUACUCCCUGCCAGAAUGCCUGGAGUCCAGGCAACUGCAUCUCCAGAUGCAGGUGUGCCGGUUCAACCCACCAUGGUUGCCUUACCAGUUUCUAGUCCACCUGCUCCAAAUGGAGCAUUUGUGGGUCAUCCUAUUCAGGCCGGGGUUGAAGAUCCUGCCAGGUACCAGCAGCAACCAUACUCUUAUAGCUUGCAACCACAACAAGUUCCAGUUAAUGGCCCGCAAGUCAUUGAUGCCGGUGCAUACAAGAAUGCAAACUAUCCAGCAGCAGAACCGCUUAGAGAAUAUGCUCGUGAUCUUCCUCAUGAUUAUACCAGAGCUAUCGAUGCCCGUAUGCAAGGAGUUCAUUUGGGUCCUAUUGCCCCUCCAGAAUCUAGUGUUCAAGGAAAGCCUUCUUUUCCUCAUGGUACCAUUGACCAUGCAAAAGCUGAGAAGCCACCUGUAAAUAUUGACGGUAGUUCUAUGUACAAAUCUCAAGCUGGAGGGUAUCAUAUGGGGAUUACCAAUGCCUUCACUGCUCCUGCUUUGACCCAAGAGGACAACAUUGCAAGGCAUAGUGAACAACCACCACCUGCUUUUGAUGUUGGUGCACAAAGUGUUCAUCCUGACAUAAUCCAGAAUCCACUCAAUGUGCCAGUCCAGAACAACCUUAGAGCGCCCAUUGAGCCACCUGUUUCCAAUGAAAAGGUUCCUGUCCGACCACCUUACUCUGGUGUUCAGGUUCCUGCUGGGACACCUCCACAGCUUCCUAGGGAAAUGCUUGGUCACUUGGUCUCUGCUCCCCCUGAUGGCAGCAGUAACUUCCCAUUGCAGGCUACUGCUGGUAUUGAUCGUGUUGAAGCUACACGGGAACUAGCUUACACAGAUUCACUUUUCUCAAACCAGGAUCCUUGGAAAGCAGUGGGAAAUGUCUCUUUAGUUCCUCCAAGGCCAAGCAAGCUAGCUAAAGAGCCUCUUGCUUCUGGAGAUCAAUACAUGGAUGGUCAUGUUCCUGAUAUCAACGCAAAUGGUCCCAUACUCUUAGAAGAAGGGAAUCUUCCACACAUUCAGGACCCAGGGUUUAAGGAUAUCCACACGAUUAAAGUGAACAAAGGAUUUGGUGAGGAAAAUAUUAAGCGACAAUUACAAGCUGUUGCUGAAGGGGUGGCAGCAUCAGUUCUUCAGUCACCCUUUCCAGAAAAACCAGCUGCAUUAUCUGGUGAUCACAUAGAUUCACAUGGAGCAGUAGUUGAUGCAAAAGUUAAGGAUGAGGGUAACAAUCAGUCAGACAAAACAAGCCAGGGAGUUCAAGUUUUAGAUGACAUCGACAACCUUCAGAUAAUCAAGAACAGUGAUCUUGAAGAAUUGCGUGAACUGGGUUCUGGGACCUUUGGUACAGUUUAUCAUGGGAAAUGGAGAGGUUCUGAUGUUGCUAUUAAGAGAAUCAAUGAUCGAUGCUUUGCUGGGAAGGCUUCUGAGCAAGAGCGCAUGAGAACUGAUUUCUGGAAUGAAGCUGGCAAGCUUGCAUCUCUGCACCAUCCAAAUGUUGUAGCCUUUUAUGGUGUUGUUCUAGAUGGGCCUGGUGGAUCCGUUGCAACUGUAACUGAGUACAUGGCUAAUGGUUCACUACGACAAGCAUUGCAAAGACAUGAAAACAGGAUAUUCGAUCGGCGUAGGCGUCUACUAAUUGCAAUGGAUGUUGCAUUUGGAAUGGAGUAUUUGCAUGGGAAGAAUAUUGUGCAUUUUGACUUAAAGAGUGAUAAUCUGCUCGUCAACCUAAGAGAUCCUCAACGCCCUAUAUGCAAGGUUGGUGAUUUGGGCUUAUCGAAGGUUAAAUGCCAGACGCUGAUCUCUGGUGGAGUGCGAGGAACGCUUCCUUGGAUGGCCCCUGAGCUGUUGAAUGGCAGCAGCAGCCUUGUUUCUGAAAAGGUCGAUGUUUUCUCGUUCGGAAUCGUGAUGUGGGAACUACUUACUGGUGAAGAGCCUUACGCUGAGCUGCACUAUGGUGCCAUCAUAGGUGGGAUAGUUAACAACACGCUGCGUCCUCGGGUGCCUGAGUCCUGCGAUCCCCAGUGGAGGGCGUUGAUGGAGCAGUGCUGGGCAGCCGAGCCGUCAGAGAGGCCGAGCUUCACGGAGGUCGGCAAUAGCCUGCGCGCCAUGGCGGCUUCUCCUACCAAGGCCCAACCACAGAAAUAGAUGCCGCAGCUCGCGCCAUAACGUUCCGCGGCCUUUCACCUCUGCAACAUGGGGAGGUUCCAUGACUUUUGUACAUGAAAAUAAGGUGAGGAUAGAUAAAGAGAACGUGGCGUCCUUAUAGAGUCGGUGGAUGAUUGAUGCUUCCUGUGUCGUGCUUUUACUGGGCCAUGGAAACAUGUAAUGGCGUAAUGUAAGAGUGGACCGUGAGCAUGUACAUGAGGUGUUGUAGCAGGGUUAGUUCGCGAAUCUCUGUACUCGUAGUCGUGGGUCCGUCUUUCGAUCCUGUGCGUUUUAAUGUGGCAGCGCCGUUCAGGAGAAGUGCUGUUUGAGCAGCCUUGAGGAUUUCAACUGAAAAUCGUGCAGAAGCAGAAAGAAUACAGUAUAUUCUGCAAAAAGCUUGAAGUUU